UUGUAUAUAUAUAUAUGCAUAGGAUAUCAAAGGUGAACCUCAAGUAGAAAUUAAGUUCCAUUCACACAGAAAAUUCAACCAAAGGAAAAAAGGUGAUUAAUUGUCUCUACAUAUACAUAUAUGCAUCUUUGUUUAAAAUAAAUUACAUAUUGAUUCAAUCAUGGAAGAAGUAGAGAACAUGAGCAUCACUUUCUCCUCCAAGGAAGAGGAAGAAGACUUGCAGCUUCCCGGCUUCCGGUUCCACCCGACCGACGAAGAGCUCGUCGGUUUCUAUCUCCGGCGCAAGGUCGACAAGCGCCCCAUCCGCCUCGACCUAAUCAAGCACGUCGAUAUCUACAAAUUCGACCCUUGGGAUCUUCCAAAAUCGGGAGGCGGCGGCGCGGGGGAGAAGGAGUGGUACUUCUUCUGUAGAAGAGGGAGGAAGUACAAGAACAGCAUGAGGCCGAAUAGGGUGACUCGGUCGGGUUUUUGGAAGGCGACGGGGAUCGAUCGCCCUAUUUAUUCGUCGGGCCGCGAAUGCAUUGGCCUCAAGAAGUCUCUCGUCUACUACCGCGGCUCGGCCGGUAAGGGCACCAAGACUGAUUGGAUGAUGCACGAGUUCCGCCUCCCCGGCCCCCACGACUCCGGGGCCAAACAGGAAGCGGAAGUGUGGACGUUGUGCCGCAUACUAAAGCGCAGCACCUCCUACAGGAAGUGCGUGCCGGACUGGAAGGAAAUGUCGGCGACAAAGAGGCCAAGCAACGCCUCCGCGAGCUCGGAGACGUGCAGCGUGGAGUCGUGCGAUGGGCGGAGCGGCGGAAGCUAUAUAAGCUUCAACGCUCCGCUUACAAAGAAGGAAAUAGUAACACCUGAGACAAGUACUAGUGUUGAGAGCUUGAUGAAUGUGCAACAUCAUCAUCAUUCAUCUUUUGCAAGUUACAGUAUGUAUAGUGACAUUAAUGAGUUUCUGAGGCAUGCAGAUUGGGGGGAUCUUCGAUCUGUUGUUGAUUGCGCUAAUCCAUUAUAUUCUGAUAGAUAUUUUUGAGUUUAUUGUCAUGUUUAAUUAGAAUAGAUUGGAAUAAUUGAGAAGCUAUGGGAGUUGAGAUAGGCAUAUUGUAUAGUUUUGUCUAAAGCCCAUCUUAUGUUUAAUGUAUGGGGCUAUGCUUUUGUUUUAUGUAUCAUCUCACAAUCUAUACAUAUACAUAGAUUGAGAUA